AGCUGCUUUAUUUGAUUCUUGAUCGUUUUGCGUUUUCAAGCGCUUUGAGAGUCUUUUUUUAAUAAAAAGCGCUAUAGAAGUUGAAUACAUGUAUUAUUAUUACUUCAGAAGGCAUCUGCAGUAUCACCAUAGUCCUUAUCACUAACCACUCGAUGUGUUUACUGUUGCGUGAGGGUCUACUACUCUGGAUGAAGAAUAUGUCGCUUGAAGUGGAGGCAAAGGCAUGAAGGGAAUUCCUGACAUAACUUCCAUCCAAUCAUAAACAAUAGCGGGAGGAGUCAGGAACUAUAGAACCGUGUCAAUACAUCUCUAUGGCAACCAUAAGGCGUUCUCUGCGUUCCCCUGCGCUUUUACUCAACUCCAAAGAAACCGAGGGAGAACGUAGGUCAGAGUCAGAGAGAGACAAUUUCAAUCUAUCCAGAACUACAUGACAUAAAGAAAGAGGCUCCACCGGAGGCAGAAGGUAUGAGACGGACCCCCCCUGUGGGCCUGGGGGACCUGACCCUCAUGUCCCGAGGACUGGUCAUCGCCCCGCGCCCCUGGACCGCCCAGCGCAUCAGCAUCACACACACACCUGGCCCUUCACACUCAUAUACACACACACCUCCAUACACACCUGUGGAAGGACAGGGAGCAGGGGAACCCAGAAAGACAGCACUGCAGUCAGACUCAGUCUCAUCGGUACAGUCAGCCCCAGAUGAGCAUCUGUUCCUGGGGGAGAUCAAGGCCCUGCUCCCCCGGAGGCUGGGGGAGAGGCUGGAGGAUGUGAGGGCAGCGUUCAAGGCCCUGGACCCUGAGGGGAGCGGCUCAGUGACCCGGGGGGAGUUCAGACAGGUGGUGGAGGCCUUCCUCUUCCCCCUCACGCAGACCCAGCUCAACACCAUGCUGGCCAAGGUGUCUAAGAGAGACAGUGUAACGGUGGACUACAUGGACUUCCUGAGGAGGUACAGCAGGGUGACUACAGCACAGAGACCAGACACCUCUACAGCCUCCUCUACAGUACAGAGACCAGAUGCCUCUACAGCCUCCUCUACAGCACAGAGACCAGCCAGCUCUACAGCCUCCUCUACAGCACAGAGACCAGCAAGCUCUACAGCCUCCUCUACAGCACAGAGACCAGGCACCUCUACAGCCUCCUCUACAGCACAGAGACCAGCAAGCUCUACAGCCUCCUCUACAGCACAGAGACCAGGCACCUCUACAGCACAGAGACCAGCAAGCUCUACAGCCUCCUCUACAGCACAGAGACCAGACAGCUCUACACCCUCCUCUACAGCACAGAGACCAGGCACCUCUACAGCACAGAGACCAGACAGCUCUACAGCCUCCUCUACAGCACAGAGACCAGACAGCUACACCAGGUGUGUCUCUGGAUCAGACCAGAGGGGUAUGACCCUGACUGAGAUACAGCAACGCCUCAAACACAAGAUUGGGAGCAACCUGAAGAAUGUAAUCCGGGCCUUUCGUCUGUUCGACUACAACCGAGACGGACAGAUCCAGCAACACGAGCUGCGCAGGAUACUGGAGAACUACUGCUUUCCCUUAACACAGAGAGACUACCAGAGACUGUGGACCCACCACAGCCCUAACAACAUGGCAACCAUGUCCUACAAAGUGUUCCUGGAGAAGCUGGGCCUGGAAUCUAACAAGUACCCGAAGUUUGUCCCGGAGCCUCCAAAGCUAGCGUUGGGCUGGCAAGAAAUUAGUCCUCCAGACAAGAUAAAACUGAGGAACAGAGCCUUGUCCCAGAAUGCAACAGGAGAUACACAGGAUAUCCAAGGCCUGACUCAAGACGAGCUGCAGACGCUCUUCCUGAAAAAGUUGUGUGUGAGCUGUACCCUAGUGUGGAGAGCACUGCAAGCGUUUGAUGUCACCCUCUCUGGACUGGUGUCACAGGAAGACCUGAGGGCCGUCCUCAGCAGCUUCCUGUUUCCCAUGAGCCUCAGCACCUUCCAGAGCCUGACCUGCCGUUUUGGGGUGAGAGCAACAGGGCCUGUGAAAUGGAAACAGUUCCUGGGUCAGUUUCAGGGUCCAGUCACAGAGGAGGACUACACCACUCCUCAAACAGACAGGGUUCCUGAGCUACCUAACGCAGAGGAGGGCUCUCUGACAGAGUUCUACCCUAUACUGAAGAGAGCCUUUAACCAGUUGGACAGGGGUAGGAUAGGGAGGAUCACCAGGGCAGACCUUCGUCAAGCUUUGGAAGUCCCCCAGUAUAACCUGAGGGGUCCCCAGAGCUCCUGGUCCAGCCGCAGGGAGCCCCACACCCCCAGGCCCCGUCUGAGCCCAGCCCAGGUUAGAGAGCUCCUGAUCCUGCUGGACCCAGAGCAUACUGGGGUCAUCACUCAGCCCAGCCUGGAGCUGCUCAAACCCAAGAGGGUGCACUCUUCCCCGGGGAGGGAGACACUACACACCCCUACUGGAGGAUGGAAAGAGGAGGUCAUGGAGGAUGCGGCUCAGGAGGAGCAGAGGGAGUUGAAUGAGACUCAGUAUCCACAGUGGAUUGAAAAGGCAGCCACGGCAGCAGACACAUGGACUACCGUGAAGGGCUUGCUGCGUGAUAAGCUGAGUGAUCAGAUAGGUCCCAUGCUGGAGGCUUUAGGGGACUGUGACCCUCGACAGACAGGCUCUGUUUACCAUGAAGACCUGAGAAGGAUCAUACAAUGUUACGGCCUGCCCCUCUCACACACACACUUCAACAAGCUGUGUGAGUCUGGUUUAGACCCAGGGUCAUGCAGGGUCAGGUACAGACAGUUCCUCAGGGCCCUGGGCCUGCCUACAGGAGAGACACAGACAGGCACUAUACACUACCCCCGCAAGAGCUCUGACAGACUGAACUAUCAAUCCCAGAAUGCCUUGGUGAACAACAAGCCAGUGCGUCCCCGCAGCGCCACUGUGGGGGGUCCAAGGGUUCGCAUGGUGGAGAACAUUAUGUUCAGGAAGCUCAAAGAGAGGCUGGACUACAGACACGUUACCCUCGACGACCAUAUCCGGGCAACGGCUAGAAGCUCAGAUGGAAUGCUGUCGUUGAGAGAUCUAAAGAAGAUACUGGAUGACAGCUGGAUCACCUUGGAUGAGAUGCAGUUCCGCAAGCUCAACGUAUCGCUUGGUUUCAAAGACGGAAAAAUGUCCUGUUCAGCUUUCCUGGAUAAGUAUGACGAGAACCAGGCCAGAGAGCAGAACCAGGCCUCGGGGGGUAACCGUGGUAACCUGCGGGCUAAGCCACGCCUCCUGACAGCGGAGGACUGCCUCUGUGUGAUCAAAGAGAGGAUCGAGAACAUCCAUGGGGACAUCCUGUCAGCGUUCCGUGUGAUGGAUAAGAACUGUGACAGCGUGGUGGACAGGCAUGACUUCAGAGAGCUGUAUGACAGUCUGGGCCUGGUCACCAAGGAGAGGGAGUACCAGCGUCUGCUGCAGCUGCUGGGCCUGCAGCCUGGAGCCAACCUCAACUACCCAGAGUUCUUCACCCUCGUCCAAUCCAGCGGCAAGAGUCGCAGGCAGAAUUUCAAGCCAGCCAAUGGGCCAGACCAACUGCAUGAACACCUGGCGUCCAACGCACGCCACAGAUGGACUGCUAUGUCAAAGGUGAUUUGUCGCUUUGAUGAAGAUGGUCAGGGUCUGGUCUUUAAGAAGGACCUCAGGAGUCUCCUCUAUACCUACGACCUCCCCAUCAGUCCUGAUGAGUUUGAGGAACUGUGGGCCAGGUAUGAUGGAGAAGGGCGUGGCUCCCUCACCUGUGCUGCGUUCCUAGAGAAGCUGGGCGUGGAUCCACAGGAGGUGGGACAUGCGAGGAAGGAUGCAGACACCACUCCCACAGAUGGUCUCCCUGCAGGGGCUACGCUGCAGGACGUUGAGCGCGUGGUGCAGGGUAACUGUGAGGGGUUGAGCAGUGCUCUGAACCGCCUGGAUAAGAAGAGAGAGGGCCUAGUCAGGGUGGAGGACCUACAGAGUCUGCUCCAGAGAUACAACUGUCCCCUACACAGACACCAGCUCGCCCACCUCCUACACACACUCAAGGUUCCAAUGGACAGUGAGGACAGGACGUUGUCAUACGUGGACUUCCUGAAGGCGUUUGACCACGUGACAGGGAAGGGGCGUGAGCACCCCCCUAGGCCCUGUGGAUCCCCUGACCCAGCCGAGAGUCUGGAGUGGCUCAGUCCUGAAAGAGCUGUUGGUAGGAUACGGGAACUGGUCACUGCAUCGAUGGAUAUACUCCACAAGGCCUUCUCUGCCUUCGACAGGAGUGGGAACGGGACGGUCACCCCUCUGGAGUUCCGGCGGGUGCUGGACCAUUUUUGUGCCCGGCUCUCGGACCCCCAGUUCAGAUUCCUGCUCGACAGAAUGAAGCUGAACUGGGAGAACCACACGGUGUACUGGAGAGACUUCCUCAACCAGUUCAACCUAUGCAACCUGGACGUGUGUGUUUGGGUCUGUGUGUGUGUGGUGGGGGGUCCGUACUCUGUGUUUAUACGUAGGCCUGUGCAUGUGCAUUAUGCAUCUGUUUUUAUUUGUUGCGUGUGUAUGCAUCUGUGUGUGCAGACCCCUGAGGAUUGGUCAGACAGAGUGGGUAAGGCAGGUUUCCCCACCCAGCCCCAGCCUUUGCCAAUCAGUGAGGAAGUUGUCUCCGCCCGCCUGUACACCAUCACCAAGGAGAUAGUGGACUUAGACCACACCCAUAAUGACACCAUCUCUAAAGAGGACUUCAGAAUGAUGUGUGACCGCCAUUUCAUGAGGCUCACCUGUGACCAGUUUGAGAGGGUGUGGGAGAAGCUGCCAGUGAAUGUGCUGGGGGAUCUGGAGUACAGGGAGUUCCUGAAGCACGCCAGUGGAACUGUUGGGAUAAGGGACAAGACCACAGACCCAGAGGACAUCAGUCCCCUGAAAUCUGCAUCACCACCAUCCCCUGGGCCCAUAGAUAGGAUGUCAUCCUCCCCACUAGCUCUACAGAGGCCAAAGACUACAGGCAGCAACCUCCAACGCUCAAAGUCGGAGGUGGGUGUGUCCAGCAGGGCCAGGCGUCCGUCCACGGCGGGGAGAGAGAGGGAGAGCCCCCUGGUGAACUGUGAGGAGGUGGAGAGGAGGCUGAAGGGGCAGGUGCAGCGCUGCUGGAGGGAUAUUCAGAGGAGCUGCAGGGAGGAGGACAGAGACAGAGACGGAGAGAUCAGCACACACUGCUUCCUGGACAUCCUGCAAAGCCUCAACGUCAGUGUGACCCAGAAGGAGCUUGAUCGUCUGGCCGUAAAGUUCGACAUGAGGGACAGUGGGCACGUGUCAUAUCCUGACUUCCUACGUCACUUCCUCCUCAACUUCAAACCGCCAGCAGUUAGACAGCCCUUUGAGCGGCCCAAACUACCUCUCCCCACUACACCGAUGAGUGGGGGUGUUCUCAGUAGACAGUGUGUGGAAGCCAUGCUGAGGCUCUAUGGCCCGGUCCAGCAGUUCUGGCGCUCCUUGAGGCAAAACUUUGUUACCUUGGACCACAACCACAGUGGCAAAAUCUCCAUCAAGGAAUUCAGAAAGGUACUAAGGCAGUUCAGAGUGAACCUAUCUGAGGAAGAAUUCUUCCACCUCACCUCUUUCUUUGACAAGAACACUACAGGGAAGAUCUCCUACAAUGACUUCCUACGGGGCUUCCUACACUGACCUCUAACCUCUGCCCUCUAACUAUGGUCCUACUGUAGGCUCCUGUGAAGGUUUAGCUAGUUAUCACUGAUAAAUCAGUCCAUAUUGAUCGCUAUAAUUGUACUGCACCACUGAGUGAAGGAGGGAUACACAGAAUUAUUAGAAAAUCAUGUCAUAUAAAUUAAAACAUAUAAAGUGAUGUAUUAUAUAAAAUAUGUAUUUGAGGGUUUUCUCCCAAUAUCUUCCCCUGGCAUAUCUACAGCUUUUUCUCCCUCUAGCAUACCCGAUUUAUCUCUCCGCUGUAUGACUUUAUGAUACUGAUUGCUUUCCGAACCAAACCCAACCAAAUAAAGUGCUUUUGGAUGAUG